AUUCAAGUUACAGCCAAUCUGUACUGAUUUAGGCCCCACCGUUCUGGAGGCCGUCAUUUAAUAAUUUAAUUUUUUUUUUUAUCUCAAUAGUUUUCAAUUUUUUUUUGGGUGAAUAUGGCCAAAGGUUUUUAUUUUAAUUUUUAAGUUACCUAAAGUUCUUACUUUUUGUUAGCAGUCUUGAAGUGAGUCAACAUAAAGUCCUGAUAAUUUACAUUCUUACGGAAUUACUAAGGAUUCAUUAGAAAUUAUGCAUACACACACACACACACACACACACACACACACACACACACACACUGGGAUAUAUGAUUACAGUUUAGAUAAAAUAGAAAUAUAUUCAAACAAAUGUCCUAACUGUAAAGCUCCAGUCGCGGAUUUCUCCCAGCUGUUAUCUAACGCGGUGAGCAGUGGAGGUUUGGAGGCGCGCGGCUCGGCGGGGGUUUGGCUGCUCAUCCGCAGUUCAACAGUAGCUCUUAACCCCGGAGCAGCCCGGGUCACCAUGUGUCACACAGGCCGGUUCUGUCAGCCUCCCCGCGGCUGCUUUGAUGUCGGUACAGAUUACAUGUCUACAGAACCCCAUCCGUCUCUGGCGAGAAGAAGUAUUAAAAGUCUUGUCUCACGACCGACAAAAUAACACGACUGAAGGACACGCAGAGUAAACGACGAUCUGUAGCUGGCUAAAUCUUCAGUUUACAUUUUAAACUUGGAAAACAUAUUAAAUUAAGUCGUCAGUCAUGUCCGCCUCAUUGCGCUGUCCACUGAGUCGGCACAUUUCCAUGCACCACUCCACAUCCAAACCACCGGUGCGUAAAUACGCACAAAAUCAACCCAGAAAUCUAAACAAAAACUUCCCGCAUUUGAUGUUUUUUCCACUAAAAUAUACAAAUCAUUCCAACUUAUUACACAUACUCGUGUCCACUUAACCUGAUUGCUGCCCAACUGCUGACCUUAAGGAGGAGCAAGCUUUGGUGGUUUAAAUCGAGAUUUACAGUCUUCAGUCGGAGCCCUCCUGCCCUGAAAAUCCAAUUAUUUUACUAAAACCAUGACAGGCUCGCCUGGCUCCCUGUGAAGCUGUUAAACUGGAAUGCCUGUGCCAAACAGAGCAGGUUUCAUGCUCAAACAUAAACCAUUCUGGUUUUGCUGACAUUUUCCUUUCUACAUGUUUAUAUGACUUUUAUUACUGUAUCUGCUGUCAGAAUUCACGUGCAUAUGAAUCACUGUGUUAGAGGGAUCCCAAUCUGCUUACUUUUUUUUUUGUCUGUUACUUAUGUGUCUUACAAAUGAAAUCUCCAGAAACAGAGAAUAUAAAAAGCAGGACGGAUGCACAGGAUGGAUGCUAAUACAAAAUCCUUUUGUUCUCUUUUUCACAUUCUGUUUCCUUUUUGAUCCAAUCCAUCUCCACCUCCCUCCACUUUCUCCCACUCCCUUUCUCUGCAUCUGAAAACAGACAUUUAACUUUCCUGUUCUUCAAACUUCAUCAUUUUAUUCAACAAUUAACAGCAUGGACCUCUCAGGCUCUCUACCUCCACCUUCCCCGUACACCUUUCCUGUUAGCCCCAAUGUCUCCGUCCCCCCCUCCUCUCCCUCCAUUUCUCUGUCACCCAGCCUGGCCUCCACUGCUCUCUUCUGCUCCCUCCUCUCACUCCUCUCCCUGCUGGGCAUCACAGGGAACCUGUACACUUUGGGCCUCCUUCUGAGGCGCAGAAGGAGCAGGAGGAGACGUGGAGCUGGACCGACCUGCUGCCUAAUGAGAGUGCCUGUACCAUCCUGCCUUGCCAACACCUCCUCGCCUUCCUCCUCCCCCAUCUCCUCUACCUCCUCCUCCUCCUCCCUUCAUCUCCAGGUGUUGAGCCUCGCUCUCGCUGACCUGCUCUACCUUUUUACUGCUCCCUUCAUCGUAUACGACAGCUUGGCGUCUGGUUGGGCCUUUGGUGAGCUGGGCUGUCGCCUCCUCCUGAGCCUGGACCUCCUCACCAUGCACGCCUCCAUCUUCACACUCACAGCAAUGAGUCUAGACCGCUACCGGGCUGUGGCUCAUCCCCUGCACACCUCCUCCUCUAACUCCUCGGGACUGCUGCGGGUAGGUCUGGCCUGGGGGCUGGCGGUGGCCCUCAGUCUUCCUAUGAUGAUCACGCUGCACCUGGAGGAUGGGGAGAACCAGGAGGGCCAGCUGUGUGUGCCAGCAUGGGAUGAGCAGAGUUCAAAAGCCUACAUGAGCGUGCUCUUCUGCACCAGUAUCCUGGGGCCUGGGCUGGCCAUCGGAGCACUCUAUGCCACUCUAGGCCGACUGUACUGGGUGUCUCAGACCAGGCCGGCCUGGGCCACCGGGAGCAGCGCCGCUUGUCCUCCCCGUGCCCCCAAACCUAAAGUUCUGCUCCUCAUCCUUGGGAUUGUCCUGGCCUUUUGGGCCUGCUUCCUGCCUUUCUGGAUUUGGCAGCUGCUGCCUCUCUACAAGCCCGACAUGCUGCGGACGGUUCCUGUCGGGACGCAGGUGACAGUGAAUCGUAUCCUCACAGGGCUCACCUACGGAAACUCCUGCGUGAAUCCAUUUUUCUACACACUGCUGACUGGAAAACGAAGACGCAACAGACAGACGAUGACAUCAGCAAAUCAGCUCUGUCGUAAGAGCAGCCCGCUGCAAUAGUGUGUGUCUCUCUUUUAGCAGAGACAAUGACAAGAGUGUGAAAAGGUUCCUUUUAUGAAAGCCUAGUGAGUUUCACAAUAGGCACCAAAGACUAAUUGUUUUCCUAGUGUGUAAAUUAAGGAAAAAAGAACAAUGAUAGCACUUUGUACUGAUGCUUUGUGUCAUAAGUCUGACUAGGGUUGUCAUAAUGCCAGGAUUUUAAACUUCUGUAAGAUACUAGUAAAAAUCUAACAAAUCUCAAUACUUUUUUUGAUACCACAACAACAUAAAUAUAAGACCUAGGCAACCAACAUUGGGUAAUUUCCUGGAUUGAUUGCAAGCAAUCUCCUGCACAUUGUCUAAACUGCACAAAUACAUGGUCAAUGUUUCGGCAUUAAAACGUUACCAAUGAAUUUGUGCAAUUUACAGUGUAAAUUCCUCUGAUCUAUAUUUAUUGUAAGAUACAUCAGCGUAACUUGAGAAAUGUCAGUAUGUGAGUAUUUGCUGACCUGUGAAUUUGAGUGGACCUCACUUGCUCUCUCUCUUUCUCGCUGCAAUCGUCUGACAAUCAUGAAGACAAUCUCUGUAAGAUGUGCCGCCUUAAAGAAUGCAUUAUCUGCAAACCUAUUGUAAAUGUUUGUCGCCAUAUCCAAAGUGUGUCUUUGAUUGCUGUAGUAACCAAGUUUACAUAUUGAGCAUUUGUAUCCGUCUGUGUAGUGUAUUAGGCGAGUUAUUCAGCAUGUUGCUCGUGCACAAUCAUUUCCAGUAAAACCCUGAUGCACUUCUGCUUGUUUUCAAAUGUUUUGUUUUUGAACAACUGGUUGUGUCUGCUCAGGACCUCUACGGGAUACUUCUCUGACACUUUGUUUGUUGACUCAAUAAAUUAUGUCUGAGCGGGUCAACAGUCUUUUGUUUGCUUCUCCUGAACCCUGAUAAAUCUAAAACAACAGAUUUAUUUUAUAAUCACGGCCUGCAUGUUGGGUUUGAAAAUGUACUUUUUAUUGUUUUGACUCAUGCAAAGCUCUGCAUGGCCUCGCCUUGAGUUGAUUGUACCUGUUUUUUUUUUAUAAUGAUGCAUAAUAUAUAACCUUGAAUAAAGAGUGUGCUUUAUGUCAUUCAUUCUGGGAUUUGAUCUUAAACCAGCCAAAAAGAAGACAAGGUCGCCUCCUUUAGGUCUUGCAAAAAGAACACAACCCAACUAAAGAUCACAAACCUCAGAAAUAAUACUCAAAACGUGAUACUAGAGGCUAAAAAGGAGUGGUACAUUCUGUUGUAGGCUAAAUAAGACAAUCAUCUGAAGGUUCUUAGUGCAGACUAAUCCUUGACUUUGUCUUAGUCUUGUGUUUGUGUGUCUGUGUCAGCAUGUCAGUGUCUCUCGAGGGUCUUCCCCGCUCUUGUGUACACACUCUCCGGCUGGUGUCUCUGUGUCUCCCUGCAGCAGCGUCCUGUCUCUGACUGACUCAAAGGCUGUACUGUACUCUAUCGCAGACCCCGCUGCUCUUUGACGCAGAUGAGCAAAUAUUUUUGUAUGAAGGAUAGGGAGAGGGUUGAUGGGACAAAAGUGGAUGGACUGGUAUCAUAUGAGAAUGGUGCUAUGUUCAGAAACAGAGUGUUCUUCUCUGGGGAGAAGCGGUUGGGGUCUAAGGUGUUGAGCGUAAAUUUAAUGUCUCUGGUUUAAGAC